AUUUUCCCUCUCCUCAAUCAAUUAAUCAAUCAUACAAAACCCUCGCUUUUCACUGGAAAUUUUCCAAAAAAUUUUGAAAUUUUUUCUUUUGGGGCAAUUCUAUCUCGGAUAAUUCAAUCAAAUCCCUAAUUUUCUUCUCCUUCAAUUUCGAUUUCAGCUCUGAUAAAUUUCGGCCAUGGCUUCGCAUCAGAAGAAAGAAUCCAUUGCUUUACUCUCCAUAUACGGCGACGAAGAUGACGAGGAAAUGGAAGAAGCUGAAGCCGAAGCAGAAAUCGAAGCCAAAACCGAAGAAGAAGCUGAACAACAACCAUUUCAGAUACUUCAAGUGGAACAAGAACGAGAAGAAGAGUUUUCCGUAACAGAAAACCACAGCACCAUUGUCAUACGAGAGAGUACUAGUACUACAAUUGUAGCUUCGGAUUUAGUAGUAGAAGAAGAAGAGCGGCAUGAGCAGCAACAGCGAGUAGGAGAAGAUAAUGUUACCCCUGGCAGGGGGGUAUUUGGGGGUUUAGGAGGGUCAGCAUCCGCCACGCCGCAGGGUUCAGCUUCUUCACCUGGGCGGCGAAGGAAGGAGAGGAUAACGAUUGUGGAUUACGGGCAUGAUGAGGCCGCGAUGUCUCCUGAGCCAGAGGAAGGGGAGAUAAUGGUGGGUCGAAAUUCGAUGGAAGUGGAGGGUGCCGCAAUGGUUAAUGGUAACUUUCAAGUGAAGACAGUCCAGGUGUUGACACCUGGUGACCGAGCGACUCCUCCCCAAGUAUCUGAUCCAAAUGAUCAGGCAGAGAUGGCUACGAGCAACCCUGCUGUAGUUGGAUCAGAAUCAGCCGAGGCUGCGGAUGCAGAUGUGGUUCCUUCAAAGGAGGCGGAAGAUAUUGAUCUAUUAAAUAAUUUUUUACCACCGCCACCGGAGGCUAAGUGCUCAGAUGAACUGCAAGAGAAGAUAAGUAAAUUUCUUCGAUUGAAGAAGAUUAAAAGCUAUAAUGCAGAAGUGCGCAACAGAAAAGAAUAUCGGAACCCUGACUUCUUACGGCAUGCCAUGAUAUAUCUUGACAUUGAUGAGAUUGGAUCUUGUUUUAGCAAGGAUGUCUUUGAUCCCCAUGGAUAUAAUCAAAGUGACUUUUAUGAUGAAAUAGAGCUUGAUAUGAGGCGAGAAAUGGAGAGGAAGGAGCAAGAAAGAAAGAGAAGCCCAAAAAUAGAUUUUUUGUCUGCAGGCACACAACCAGGAGCAGUUCCAACUCCCAAAAUCAAUUUGCCAAUUCCAGUUGCACCUGGAACUGGAUUGAAUACAGUAACUGCUGCGGUGGACACUUUAGCUCGGGAUGGCCGACAGAACAAGAAAUCCAAGUGGGAUAAGGUGGAUGGUGAUAGAUUUAAUCUUGUGCCGACUGUUGGGCAGGAUGCUGUGUCUGCUGUUGCAACACAUGCUAGUUUUCUGUCCGCUGCUAAUGCUGGUACUGGAUAUUCUGCCUACGCCCAACAAAGACGACGGGAGGCAGAAGAUAAACGUUCAAGUGAUAAGAAAUCUGACAGAUCUAGUGACAAGAAAUCAGAUAGAAGGACUUGAUUAGUUCAGCUUGCACAGUUGACAAGGAAGCUAUCAGCCUGUGAGAUCCAUCAAGAUGAAGAUAGAAUGUGGCUCCACCACAUUUCUAGGCUGUAUUUGUUUCUAGAUCUUACCAAUUUGUAUAUGAAUGAAUAUAGGGAGAGCCGGUUUUCAUGUCAGCCUUGCUAAAUCGGAAAUUUUGAUGGGAACGGUUGUCUGCAAAGCUUGCUCCGUUCUUGCAGCAAAUUGAGUGUAACUAAAUUUUGAUGGAAGCUGCUGUAUUAUAGAAAUCCUGGUUGCUCUAUCAUGCCUACUUUUUCCCUA